AUGAGUGUGUCUUUGUCACCAGGCGCCCAGCCGAAGAAGACCAAUUACAGGGUCCGCUUUAGACACGGCGUGUUUCCAGAUGCAGAAGGUCAAGCAACCCGAGCAGAUAUCAAAAAGUACGAUUAUUUUUUCGCUGCUGGGCAGAGAUGGGUUGGUACCGAGGGUAAAUUGAAUUUUAUCGACGAGUCCAGACUUGUAGCUGAAGAAUGCGAAAAUUCAGGAUCUGCAGGCGAGGGGAGGACACCAAAACAUGUAAAUCGUUCACGGACAUCAGGGAGACUGUCAGGCUCUGCAAUGACGAGUCCCGGGACGAGAGAGCAACGUCUGCCUCUGCGGGGUGGGACAUGGGACAAUCAAGCGCAGACAUCUGCGGACAGCCAGAGGCAUGUUCCUCCUCCAUGGCAUGCCCGACGGCAUACGAGUCCGGCUCCAGGCUCGGUCUCCAAUUAUUCCAGUCUCGAUGAGCCAUCGCCUGCAGACUCACAGUCCGACGGCCCUUCGCCACGUCCACACCCUGCAGCGAGUUCAGUUGCCGACGUAGCCUGGCCCCUCUCUGAUCCAAUCGAAGCAUAUUUAUUUCGCUUCUGGAUCGAAAAGGCCGCAGUAUCUCUCGACAUUACAAGUCCAGUAGCCGUGUUCAGAAAAGUAGUUCCAAGACUUGCUUUCGAGAAUGCGAUGCUUAUGAAUGCAAUUCUCAUGACAUCUGCCCAACAUGUCUUGCGCCAUGACCCGCAUUUCCCUGCUGGGCCUUAUGUGUAUCAUGAUAGGGUCCUACAGGACCUCAUUCCGUACCUAGCGGAGAAAGGCAGGAUUGAGGACGAGGCAACGCUGGUAACAGCGAUGCUUCUCAGAACAUUUGAAGAGUUCCACGCGGGUACGCAGGGUCAAACCCACCUCUCCACUUAUGAGCUUUUCCACGGGCCCGAGGGCUGGUUGCUCGAUAUGUCUAGUCCGGUCGUGCAGGCUUGUCUCAUGAUUCACGUAAAUUCCGAAGUUUGUCAAGCGCUUCUCAAUCGUUCGAGUUUGCGCAUCAAUUAUGGAAACUCCAUUCUACCUGCAUUGGCCCUACCAGAAGACGAGGCCUCAUGGGGUAACCGAAUAGUAUGGUUGAAUGCGCGUAUCCUACAGUGGAUGGCGACAGACAAUCGAACAGCAGAUGAGCGGCAGUACUUGAGAAAUCUCGUUGAUGAAUGGGAAUUGAUGCGACCUGCAACUUUCGAUGCGUUGUUUCAUAAAGAAGACUCGUACGCUUCGGGAUACUUUCCAGAACUAUGGUUCUCCGGUCCUUGCCACGCUGAUGCAAAUCAACACUUGCGGAUAUGUCGCAUUGCACUGGCAGCUAGUUACCUCGACAUCGAAUUUGUGUACCCCUAUGGAGACAGUGUUGUUGCAUCCAUACAAGAAGAAAUACUCAGAGGACUGAAGGAAAUGGUGGCCAUUGCUCGAUGCAAUACCCACUGCAUAUCGGCACCAUGGAAAGCAGCGCACGCCGUGCACAAAUUUGCAGUGCUGUUGAGCGAUGAGAUGGCACAUUUCAAGAUGAUAGAAUUUCUAGAAGAGGUAAACACCGUGGGUAUACCAACAGCGGCGACAAUAAAAUAUCUCGCUGAGCAGCGGAGCUGGAGGAACACUGCUAGCGAGUGGCAACAAGUCAAGAGCAGUCUCAUCUAG